AUGAGAUUAGAAACCCGAGGGAGCGAGUUCUGGUGCUCUCUCGACGUGGUUGAUGUGGAAAAGGUCGGAAGCGCCAAGAGAACACUAAAGUUGCCCAUCCGGAAGUUUUCAGAUCGACGCUUCAGUGUCAUUUUGGGUGUUGAAGCACUCACCUCGCUUGGUCUGAUUAAGAACACAGGUCCGAGAUCAUCUACCCCAGACCCAGGCCAUGCCUCGGUCGACAACAGUCUGUUGCUUCCUGGCGUGUGGCCCAGGGGGUUUACACCUUCAUCGCCGACAUCGCCGGAGCCGCAGAGACCGCCGUUGAAUCUGACUAUUCCGUCGGUUCCAGAGAUCAGGAACCGCCAAGCCUGGGGCGACGAGAUGCCUCGGUCGGCGGGUCUUGACUCGACCUGUUGCGACUCUGACCUUGACAACAUCCGAGGUCCCGAGACCAUCUUGUAUAUUAAUCUGUCGUCGCUCUUGUUUCUUGAACUCGACACUUCAAACUACAAGGAAAUCAAAAUGGGUGCUAUCGAUCGAAUCUCUCAAAUUGGCGGCCAGAUCUCUGGCAACCCGACCGCCGGCGGUCGCGACAAGAUCCUGGAGAAGCACCCUGAUGAUAUUGUCGUCACUGCCGCCUGUCGAACCGCAUUCACAAAGGGUGGCAAGGGCGGCUUCAAGGACACCCAGGCUGCCGACCUCAUCACUGGCGUCCUCAAGGCCAUCCUCGACCGUUCCAAGAUCAACCCCGCCCUCGUCGAGGAUCUAUGCGUCGGUACCGUCCUGGCUCCCGGCGGUGGCGCCACCGAGAUGCGCGCUGCUAGUCUGGCGGCUGGCUUCCCCGAGUCAAUCGCCGUUCGAUCCCUCAACCGACAGUGCUCUUCUGGCCUGCAAGCCACCGUCGAUGUGGCCAACCAGAUCAAGACUGGCAUGAUUGAUAUCGGCAUUGGUGCUGGUGUUGAGAGCAUGUCUCUGCAAUACGGACCUGGCGCCGUUACCGAAUUCUCAGAGCUCCUCGAGAGCCACCCCGAGGCUGCCAACUGCAAGGUUCCUAUGGGUGUCUUGUCGGAGCAGAUGGCCAAGGACCUGAACAUUACCCGCGCUGCCCAAGACGCUUUCGCUGCCUCGUCAUACCAAAAAGCAGUCAAGGCCCAGAAGGCUGGUCUGUUUGAUGAGGAGAUUGCCCCUCUCACGGUCAAGGUUGAGGAUAAGGAGGGCAACAUCAAGGAGAUUACCGUCUCCAAGGAUGAUGGUGUCCGGGAUGGCAUCACUGCCGAGUCUCUGGGCAAGAUUCGACCCGCCUUUGCCAAGGAUGGCUCCAUCCACGCCGGCAACGCCAGUCAGAUCUCGGACGGUGCUGCUGCCGUGCUUCUCAUGAAGCGUUCCACCGCUGAGAAGCUUGGACAGAAGAUCCUCGGCAAGUAUGUCUGCGCCUCGGUCGUCGGCGUCAAGCCCCUCCUUAUGGGCCAGGGCCCCUGGAAGGCCAUCCCCAAGGCUCUUGAGCAGGCCGGCAUCUCCAAGGACGACGUUGAUAUCUGGGAGAUCAACGAGGCCUUUGCCAGCCAGUGCCUGUGGUGCGCCAACGAGCUUGGCAUUCCUCAGGAGAAGAUCAACCCCAAGGGAGGUGCCAUUGCCUUUGGUCACCCCCUGGGAUGCACCGGCGCCCGACAAGUUUCUACCCUGCUGUAUGAGCUGAAGCGGACGGGCCAGAAGGUUGGCGCGACGUCCAUGUGUGUGGGAACCGGUAUGGGAAUGGCUGCUAUCUGGGUGGCUGAGUAG